AUGGGUUCAUCAUCUUCGAAACCGCAAGAAAUUGUAAAAUAUAUUGAGAGCGACGAAUCGAAAAAGAUGAAGGCCCUUUAUCAACUUGAAAAUCAAUUGAAAGAACUACAAGAUGAAGUUUCCAAAGAGAAACAGCUUAUUUUGAAUGACAUUGAGGAAACUGUAAUUGAUGAAAACAAUGUUUUAAUAUUACGGUAUAGUAAUUUACAAAAUAUGGAUGAGAUUCAGCAAAAUGUUCGUCAAAUAUUUGGCAAUGUUCCAUUACUUAAUGUUUUAGUAGAUACUGCAACACAAUUAGUUUCUACAAUGAAUAAUACCAAAGAAUUGACUGAAUUAAUGAAAUGGCAACAAAAAACUAUCAAAAAACGUAUUGAUAAUAAAGUCUACGGGAUGGAAAUACAUUAUAAGUUAAAGGUACUGGAUGAAACCACGGGACGUAUCCUGCAAGGUAGAAAUACAAUGUUAUUAAUUGCAUAUAAAUGUAAAGCAUAUGUUCUUAAGACACCAUUAGAGUCUGUACCAGAUGAUGUUGAACUUAAAAAAAUUACUUUUUGA